CCCUGUACGGAGAUGCGAGAGGAUUACAGUUAUUGGGGGAAGUAGGGGAAGGGGUAGGCCUAGGAAGAAUUGGAAGGAGGUGAUUAGGCAGGAUUUAGGACUUCUCGACCUGUCUGAGGAUAUGGCCCUAGAUAGGAACCUUUGGAAAACUAGGAUUAGAGUAGCUGGAUAGGAGCUCGGUGUUGUAGAGGUAGUUUUGUACUGUGCUGUAUUUGUUUGGAAUCUUCUGCUAUUGUUUGUACUUGUUACUUGUACUUGUUGCGUGUACUUGGUGCUUUAUCUGUAUUAUACUGUGUUCCCUUCCAUAUUUUUAUGCAGGUGGAGCCGGGGGUCUCUUGAAAACAGCCUACCUACUUUUGAGUAGGGGCAAGGUCUGCGUACACACACCCUCCCCAGACCCUACUGUUGUGGGAUUCACCUGGGUUGUUGUUGUUGUUGUUUCUCUUUGGAUUUGAAUUUGUCUACUCCGGAUCUUACAAAAAUUUGCUUUUGUGAAUAGACACCCAAAAGAUGAUUUUGCAGUCACUCUUGCAAUCUUUAAGCCUACUAUAAAAAAAAUUCCAUUGCAAUUUUUUUGUUUGCUUAUUUUUUUCUAUCCUAAAUGUAAUUAUUUGUUGCUUUGAAAUUGUUGGGAUAGCUAGGAGUGACCAAAUAUGGAACAAUGUAAAAACUUAAGCAUGACUAUGUGCCCUAUGUUCAAUACUAUGCAUACGUUUUUUACCCCCAAAAAAUACUAUACAUAUUUCACACUUUCAGGAGAGCUUUGAGACUUGACUACUUGACUCUUCUUCGUAAAAAUAUCACCGAUCCACUACGAACAAUGUCGAAGGAUGAAGCCAUUGAAAAAGUUGUGGAGUUCAUGGAUUUCUACUCAAUAACCCAAGACGACUUCGACAGUAUAGUGGAGAUAUCCAAAUUCCAGGGGCAUUCCAGUCCAAUGGAAGGAAUACAGCCAGCAGUGAAAGCUGCUCUAACAAGAGCAUAUAACAAAGGAAGCAGCUCCCGUGUGGUACGCACGGCUGAUUUAAUAACCCUUCCCGGGUUGAAGAAGGCCCCUAAAAAGCGGGUUGCUGCAAUGCUGGAGCCCCUUGAUGAAACCCUAGGAGCAGAGGGAAACAACGAAGAAGAUGAAGAUGAAAACUCAGACACAGAGGAAGAUGAUGCAUUGGAUCCUGAGAAGAAGCUUCAAUUAGAUCUUCAGAAUCUCAAUUCAAAGGGAAUUGAAGUCAACAUGGAUUUGAAAGCUUCUGGUUCAGGUGCCAAGAAGGCACCCGCCGGAAGAGGAAGAGGAAAAGUAGCCGCGCCUAAAGCUGCAGAAAAGAGUGGUGGCUCCAAGAGAAAGCGAUGAAUGCCACCACCACCACCACAACAACAACCACCACCACCACCACCACCACCACCACAAACCCAGAUAAUGAAGGAACAUCGCCGCCACGGUUUCAACUGUGGUUAUCUUUUUUGGUGUUAGGAGAGUAGAUCAAUUGCUGAUUUGCUGGAUUGUUUUUUUUUUUGGGCAUUGUUUGGAUCACUGAUUCUGAUGUUAUUAUACUUUGCCCUCAUGGAGUUAAUAAUGUAGUACUAGUACUUGCUUGGUCU